AUGUCGCCGUCACCGUCGAUAUCCACCGGAAAAAGCAGUAAAAUCCGCCGCAUUGUGCGGCUGCGUCAAAUGCUUCUCCGGUGGAGAAAGAAAGCUAGAUUAUCAACAACCUCCGAUGUGCCGGAAGGACACGUGGCGGUUUGCGUGGGUCCUACGAUGAGGAGGUUCGUCGUUCGCGCUAGCUACUUGAAUCACCCGAUCUUCAAGAAGCUUCUGAUGCAGGCGGAGGAGGAGUACGGUUUUUGUAACGAUGGACCGCUUGCUAUACCGUGUGAUGAGUUGGUUUUUGAAGAGCUUCUUCGGGUUAUGGCCCGACCCGAACCGAGAUUAUCGAUGAUUGAGAAUUUUCAGAAACGGUGCCACGUGGAUGUGAGAAAGAGAAAUAGUAGUAAUAGUGGUUUUGAGUUUGUAGGAGAAUCAAGUCCGUUGCUUCAGAAUGAUCUAAUUUGCUGA